AUGGAUCCGUCGAGAAAUAUGUCCAAGUACAGAAAUCUGCUGAACGGGAAACACGGCGAACCGCCUCUAGUAAGUUAAGCCUAUCGCUCUGGGCCCGGUUCCUCGAAAGAUAGUUAAGUUUAACGCAAGAUUAAGCCAAAUUUCAAGCACGAUUUUCUCGUCUAACGACAUGCAAUUCGAGGUUACAAAAUACUGUUGAGCCUUUACUUCGAGGUGCAGUAAUGAUAACACAAAAUAUUACCCUAAGCAAUGCAUAGGAACGUAAAAAACAAAAACGCAACAAAAUUUUAAUCCUGGAUUAACGCUAAUCGGCCUUUCAGGAACCGGGUCCUGGCCCCAGUUGUUCAAAAGGUGAAUAACGCUAUCUGCAGGUUCAAUCACUAUCCAGUGGAUAGCGCAAUUGGUUUCCCUAAUACUUAUCCGUUGGAUAGUGAUUUAUCCUGUGGAUAGCGUUAUCCAUUUUUUGAGAACAACUGGAGCCUGAAGUUUCUGUCCACUUAUAGUGGAGAUCUUGCUACCCCAGUAAUGAUUUUUGACGCAUGCACUAGUAGAUUGACAGUUGCCAUUAUUAUUAUUCUAAAAUUGUAAAUUCGAUAAAAUCAUCGACCCAUCGUUAAGUCAUUUUGUUCAAGACUUGUCUACAUGGGACGUGCUCGUAUUUGGUGUCAAAUAUCGACUAAUCUAAAUCUACUGCUUUAACAGACAGAUAAGGGCAUCUUCACAACGAGCUCUGGCUCUCCACCUAAGAACUCUUCACGAUACGGUCCUAUUUUAGUAGCAAAGCGGCCAACCAGAGGUGUCUGUCACAUAGAUGGUUAAGUUACAGACAGUUUCUCUAGACAGAAACAGCCACUGAUGAGUCCGCUUCCAUAGAGUCAGGUUAACUUCUAGUAGAGAGAAUUUAUUUUUGUGUUUAAUACUGAGGGGCAUUGUAAUUUUUUUCUUUCAGAUUCCAUUCUUUCCCGUCAUCACCAAGGACUUGACAUUUAUCCAUCUUGGAAAUGAUAGCAUUGUGGAUGGAUUGGUAAGCCAAAUUAUCUUGCAGCUUAAAACUCGAUUUCAUUAGCAAUAAGAAAAUGAUUAAGUAUUUGACUAGACUGAAAAUGGCAUUUUUUUAUGUAAUACUCAAACAAAGUAACCGAACUAUAGACUCACAAGUCUCUUCCAUAACCACUACAGAAAUGCCUUCUUUUCAAGUAUAUAAUAUUCCAGUACGCUUAUAUUUAGUCACACAGCACUAGAAAUUACGAACUUUCUCACACUCCAUGAGAAUAGAAUUGUUUAUUUGAAGGUUUGCUGCAUCAGAGUAUGGCAUGAAAAUAUUUUUUCUUUACACAUUUUACAGGUAAACUUUGAAAAGCUUCGACUCAUCGCAAGAGAAGUUCGGCAGAUUUCAAGUUUAACUCCAUCCCAUACGUAAGUCCUCGAUUUUUCUCAAGUUCUGCGUUGGCCCACUUUAAUAGCCUAUUCAUUUUCUCGUGAAUUGACUAACCGUUCUUUUUAUUUAAUUUUCAAACUUUCAGGAUCCUGACACUAUGUUUGAAGACGAUACAAACAGUCAGGGAGGUCCUGGUAACCAGAAAUUGGUUGGCAUGGUAA